CGCCUAUACAUUCGUUCCGCGGCGGCACGGGAGUCACGGCGUCCUCACAUCCCACGCGCGACCAACAACGGCGAUUACACACACACACCCCCACCCCAGGCGGGCGACGAUGACGGCCGGCCAGCCCCUCCGCGCGGAUCCCCAGCAGCGCCGCCACGGCACGCCGGCGCUCCACCCGUCCGUGGUUCCGGCCUACCCGCCCCCGGAGUCGGACAGCGAGGAGUCCUGGGUCUGGUCCCAGAUCAAGGCCGAGGCGCGGCGCGACGCGGACGCGGAGCCGGCGCUCGCCUCCUUCCUCUACGCCACCGUGCUCUCGCACCCGUCCCUGGAGCGCUCCCUCUCCUUCCACCUCGCCAACAAGCUCUGCUCCUCCACCCUCCUCUCCACGCUCCUCUACGACCUCUUCCUCGCCUCCCUCGCGUCCCACCCCACCGUCCGCGCCGCCGCCGUCGCCGACCUCCUCGCCGUGCGCUCAAGGGACCCCGCCUGCGCGGGCUUCUCCCACUGCCUCCUCAACUACAAGGGAUUCCUCGCCGUCCAGGCCCACCGCGUCGCGCACGUGCUCUGGGCGCAGAACCGCCGCGCUCUCGCGCUCGCGCUCCAGUCCCGGGUCGCCGAGGUGUUCGCCGUCGACAUCCACCCGGCCGCCGCCAUCGGCAAGGGCGUCCUCCUCGACCACGCCACCGGCGUCGUCAUCGGCGAGACCGCCGUCGUGGGCGACAACGUCUCCAUCCUCCACCACGUCACGCUCGGCGGGACGGGAAAGGCGGUGGGGGACCGGCACCCCAAGAUCGGGGACGGCGUGCUCAUCGGCGCCGGGGCCACGAUUCUUGGCAACGUGCUCAUUGGCGCCGGCGCCAAGAUCGGUGCCGGGUCCGUGGUGCUCAUCGACGUGCCCCCGAGGAGCACGGCGGUGGGGAACCCCGCCAGGCUCAUCGGCGGGAGAAAGGGCGAUGACAUGCCGGGGGAGUCCAUGGACCAUACCUCCUUCAUACAGCAAUGGUCGGACUACACCAUUUGAUUUGAACCAUUGAUUUGAGCCGAGCAAGAGGAAGGUGCCCCUCCCGUCCUCUGCAUCCUGUGGCACUAAUGCCCACUCAUGUCCCUUUCUCUCGAGGCGUGAACAACUAGUAUACCAAUCCAGUGUUCUUAUCUUCGUUUUGUAAUUGUGUUUGCCUGGAUUGGCUGUUAUAUCUGCCUCCGGGGAGGAGAUGCUGAACCGUACUGCACGUUGCCGUGCUUGUCUGCGGACAAAUGUACUGAAAGCUCAUCCUGUAUCUGUAAUUUUGCGAAGAUAUCGUGGAGUGAAAUAGACAUUACUCAAAUUGGGAUCUUGGAGUUA